UUUUCUUCGAUCUAACUCUAUCUAGCAUCAACUAUCCGAUUGAAACAAGAUCCCCGAAAUCUGAAACCCUAGCCGCCGAAUUUCAAUCCCUAGAUUUUGCUACCGACACUCUUCUUCCUAAUUCUCUUGUCUUCUUCUUCUUCUUCCGUUCGCCUGUAGUAAGCUGCGAUGGCGAAGAAGCGAAAGCUUGAUGCUUCGAAAGGCGCUGCAUCGUCGGGGCCGCCCAAGAAACAACAGCAGCAGCAGCAACAACAGCUGCAGCUGCAGAAGCUGCAAGAAGAAGAGGCGAAGAAGGUUAAGGUAGAAGAAGAGGAGGUGGUGGCCGAAGAAGUGGAGGAGGAGGUGGAGGAAGAGGAAGAAGAAGUGGAAGAGGAGGAGGACGGCGGCGAAGAUGCGAACGAAGGGGAUAAGCAGAUCGGUUCUUCUUCUGCGGCGGCGUCGGCUCCGGAUGACGACGACGACGAGGAGCCGAUUGAGAAGCUUCUCGAACCGUUCAGUAAGGAUCAGCUGGCUAAUUUGCUCCGGGAUGCUGCGGAGAUCCACCGCGAUGUGGCGGAUCGCAUCCGGAGGAUAGCCGAUGAGGAUCCCGUUCACCGCAAGAUCUUUGUUCACGGGCUGGGCUGGGACACCACCGCCGAGACCCUGAUUGCAGCCUUCAAGCAGUAUGGAGAGAUCGAGGAUUGCAAGGCGGUGACGGACAAGGUUUCUGGGAAAUCCAAGGGCUAUGGUUUUAUUCUCUUCAAGAGGCGGAGUGGAGCUCGGAAGGCGCUUAGGGAACCACAGAAAAAGAUCGGCAACCGGAUGACUGCUUGUCAGCUUGCCUCCAUCGGUCCUGUGCAGGCGCCGGCCCCUGUGGUUCCUGUUGCGCAGCAAGCUUCGGAAUACACUCAAAGGAAGAUUUAUGUGAGUAACGUUGGUGCAGAUCUGGAUCCACAUAAGCUGACCAGCUUCUUUGCCAAGUAUGGGGAGAUUGAAGAAGGGCCACUGGGGCUUGACAAGAUGACUGGUAAGCCAAAGGGGUUCUGUUUGUUUGUGUACAGAAGCCCUGAAAGUGCUAAGAGGGCUCUUGAGGAGCCACAUAAGAACUUCGAGGGUCAUAUUUUGCACUGCCAGAAAGCUAUUGAUGGGCCUAAACCUGGAAAAGCUCCACAACAGCGGCAGCAACACCAUCAUGCGCAGAGCUCUCAUUAUCCGAGGAAUGAUCCAUCUCCAUAUGUUGGUGGGGCGCCUAGUCACAUGAUGGUACCCACAACUGGAGCUGGAAUUGGGUUCAACCACGGUGCUGCUGCGGCUCAAGCACUGAACCCUGCUCUUGGCCAGGCGAUAACGGCUUUGCUUGCAACCCAAGGUGCUGGCUUGGGUUUGACUAAUGUGCUGGGAACUCUGGGUACUGCUGCAGUCAAUCAAGGUGGUGUGCCAUCUUCUGGAAUGCAGAGUGCAUACAGUAACCAGCCAAGUAUAAGCCCGGGAGUGAUGGGCUAUGCAAACCAGGGGAUGCCUGGUGGCUAUGCAAGCCAACAGAUGGGUCAGGGUGGUCCUGGUAGAGGACAACAUCCGCAAUACGGUGGUGCAGCCCCUUAUAUGAAUCACUAGGUCUUUCAGGUAUGAACAUCGUGUUGAACUCCUUUUAUUUUGUUCAAUUGUGACCUAUAAUAGAUAGUUCAUUGACAGCAGCAUAAAAAACAUAUAUGUUCAAUUGAAAUGGUAUAAGAUUUUCUUGACCAGACGUUAGCAUGAAUAGACACUAACCUUGCUGUAGCGUUUGCAUGAAUAGACACUAACAUUGCUGUACCGUUAGCAAUUGGUCAUUAGGCUGGACUUUCAAGAAGUAUUCUAGGCUACUAUUUUUUGUUUUCUUCUGGUGGCGCAUCUCAGAAAAUUUGAAUAGAGUAGUUUGCUUCAAAUAGUCAUCAAGCUGCUUUUUAGUGUUUCUCGUUCAUUGCCAAGCAACUCCAUAAAAAGGUUUAAGUUGGCUGCUUUUUAAUUUGUUUUUAUUGCUUCAGUUACAUUGAU